AUCCAGGUUAUAUUAUACGGGGAGAUCAACCAAUUGUAAUAAUAAACUUGCUUUGUUGAAGUAAAACGCAAGAGAGGAGGCACCAAGUGGAUUAGUGCUGUUGCCGCUUGGUGACUUUGCAGUUGUAAAAUUUAGCGGUUUUAAACAGAGGUUCUUUUCCGUGGUGUCCUGGAAAUGAUCGGUCCGCUGAGCAGAAGUUUACGGACCGGUGUGACACAUUCGCAACGUCUCUCCGUGUUCAUUCUAAAAAUGACUCCUUGGAGACACAAGAAGCAGGCACGGAUGUACACUGGUCCUCCAACAACUCACUUACUUGAAGAUUGUCUUGAGCUCCAUUACAAAGGGACUCAAAUGCAUUUGGAUUACAUUUGGUUGAGAGAUCACUGCCGCUCUGCCUUGUCUUACAACUCCAAAACAAACCAGAGGAACUUGGAUACCGGAAGUAUUGACCUCAAUAUUCGCCCAGAUCAUAUCCAAGUGGAAGAUGACCACCUCAUUCUCACUUGGCCGGGUGGUCACACAUCGAAAUACAGCCUAAGCUGGAUAGCUGAGAACAGCUUUGAAGGGAAGAAGCAAAGCACCAUACAACCACGAGUUCUUUGGAAUGCAGACAUUUAUAAUAAUUCACAUGUACCCACCUCCAAAUGGGACACCUUCAUGAGCAGCGAUGAUGAACUAAAGACGUUUCUGCAGAACUAUCUUCUCUAUGGGGUGGCUUUUGUUGAUGAUGUCCCUGCUACAGUUGAAGCCACAGAGGCCGUGACUCAGAGGGUUAGUCUUAUCAGAGAGACGACGUAUGGAAGAAUGUGGUGCUUCACUUCCGAUUUUUCUAGAGGAGACACUGCCUACAGCCAGCUUGCUCUGGACCGCCACACAGACACAUCUUACUUUCAUGAACCAUGUGGAAUUCAGGUUUUUCACUGCCUAAAACAUGAAGGGACGGGAGGAAGGAAUCUCCUUGUUGAUGGUUUCUACGCGGCUGAAACUGUUCGUGUCCAGUCGCCAAAACAUUUUGAGCUGCUUUCGCAUGUUCCAAUUAGGCAUGAAUAUAUUGAAAGCACUGGCGGCCACCAAAACCACAUGAUAGGCAUUGGCCCAGUCCUGAAUCUAUACCCUUGGAAUGAUGAACUUUACAUGAUUCGGUACAACAACUAUGACCGAUCAGUGAUAAACACCGUCCCUCAUGAUGUUGUUCGCCGCUGGUAUGUGGCUCAUCGACACUUGACCAUGGAACUGAGGCGACCAGAAAAUGAGCUGUGGGUAAAACUCACGCCAGGAAAAGUGAUUUUCAUCGACAACUGGCGAGUCAUGCAUGGUAGGGAGGCUUUCACUGGCUUAAGGCAACUCUGUGGAUGCUAUCUGAGCAGAGAUGAUGUUCUCAGCAAAGCACGUGGUUUUGGACUUCAGGCAUAAUGCCAUUCCAAGAGCGUCCCUUUACCUUUGCACUUUUAAUCUCAUGAAGUAGGUUUAAUACUUGAAGGCAUUAAUUUUUCUACAAAAUCCAAUCAAGACUUUUCACACAGCAUUUAGCAACGCUCGCUGCCGACAUGCACAUUCAUUGUGGGUGUGCCGCGAAGGCACGAGGAUCAAAUGCUGUGAGCGAUCGCGGGAAGCCGCAUCCAAUAAGAAGGUUGCCGCUAGAGUGACUUCACACUGCUAAAAGAAAUACACCAAGCAACAGGAAAAGCCCACUGUUACUUGUUGGUAGGCUGCUAUGCAAGCAAUUCCCAAUGUGGGCGAUAUUGCAUCGGGGCGUAGUUGUAUAUUCACCCCGCCCAGCAGCAAACACCAAAAAGCCAAAUGCUGUGUGAAAAGGACUUUACAUUUCAUCUAGAAAUACAUGUUGAUUAAUUUUGUAAUAUAUGAUUUGUGCAGGUUUACAUACUGUAACACUAAAUAUACGAACUUUAAAGUGCCUAUGACAGGAUGAAAACUGUUUUAAAUAGCAUUAUUGUGUGAAUUAGAAUCAUAUUUUGAGACGAUUCGACUAUAUAAAACAAUUUGGCAAAGCGCAGAUGAUGAGAAAUUAGUCUUUUAAUCUGCCGUUUAGCCCCUGCCUGUCAUUAUAGCACUCUAGCGUCUCCAACAGGAGGAUGACAUCGGCAGGGUCAUGGUUUCAUCUGAUUGAGUAUUCAGCCCAUUGAGGUGGAAUUACUCAGAACGAGGAAAAUGCGACGAAGAGAGCCGCAAAAUGUAAUUGUUUUAACCUCUCUACUCCAAUUUUUUUUACAGGAUAUUCUUUUUAUCCAAGUACAGUAUUUUUCCCCAAUUGCUAAAUAAAUGGUCAUGACAAAUAACAGCCUUGUGCUAAAUGGAAUAUGAAAUAUUAAGAAUGCAUUUAUUCAGUACGACAUGGCAAAAUUACUCCAUAAUGGUCAAAACUGUUGACUUCUUGCCACCUUUUUGCCAACGAAGUUAGUCGGGCUUUUGUCAUUUCCCUGCCCCCGGCUUCGUAGAGCGUAAGCUAAUCGGAGGCGUGAAAGCUAGCCGACAUGCUAACCUGAGCUGAGUGAUGUUUCUAAGUCUUAUUAUCGCAUUUUGAAGCAAAAAAAUCACACAAAACUACCCCGGAUCAUGUCACAUGGUGGCGAUUGUCUUCACCGAUCGGCAACCCGCCCUGUGGCGAGCAAGUUACAGCUCUUCGUUCCCCUGCUACGGGCAGGAGAGCUCGUUUGCCGGGGAAGCAGCUGGAAAAUGACUUCGGAGGAGCGCGGAGCUGCCACAUGGUCAACACGAAUAUGGCGUAGAUGAAUGCUUAACUACACAGCGAAGGCGUAAACAGUGAGAGAGCGGCGUGCAGUUGUUGUGCAGCUAACAUGACAGGAUGUGUCUGAGGGGAACUUUUCUACAUGUCCGUCCAUGAUCAAAUGUAAGUAAACAGUCCUAUAUUUAAAGAAAGUUUGUAGUGUUUACUUUGUGAUCGCUGUAUUCGUGGCCACCCAAAAGUUGCAAUUUCUGAUGGAGUGGAAAAUUUGACAGAACACCGGGCACAAGAAGAGUGCACUAAGCUGAGUAUAAUGCUCUCCCGGGGGGCACGCGAAGGACAGGGGGGUGUGCGACAAGCUGCCGGUCGUCAGCCAAGUGGCAUUCUCGAUGGACAAGGAGCAUUAUAAGCCACAAUAUACAAGCCACCUCCAUAUUAAAAAGUGUGCCAUGAUCCCAGUAUUUGACAUGAUACAAAAUACAAUGUUUACUCAAUUCCCAGUAAGUCCAAUGGUCCCACAGUUGUUGGACUCGUUUUGGCCGUCCUCCAAGGGUGAACGGGAACUUUUCGAAACCCAAAAAGGCUCACACGCCUCUCCCUGAUGCAGAAACAAAUCCCUGCAGCACAUUUGGCUGGCGUAAUGCAAAAAAUGAACAAAUUAAUCCGCAAAAUCAGCUGAAUCCGCAGUCCAGCUGCAUGCUAUAAAGCAAUGCUGUAUUGUGAGAUGCUGACCCGGGUGACGUCACAUUCGCUUUCGUCCUCAACCCGUGACUGGAGCCGGAAGUCACUCAUUUUAAUGGCGCGGGAUUAAAAAAAUUAAUAAAUAAAACGAUCGCUUCCACACCCAUCCAAGCGGUCCAUUUCAUUCAGGAGCAUAAAAUACCAGGUGAAAUAUGAAAUAAACAUCCAUUUUGGUGUCAUAGGCACUUUAAAGCUCAAGUGUCCUUUUUUUUGAGAGUAAGAGAGAAAAUUUCUUUUUGACCUAAUGCAUUCCUUCUUCCACUGUUAAACAUUUGGUCAAUCUGCACAGUUAAAUUAGGAGUAGUCCGCCAUAACAAUUGUAUGUUGAUGAUAUAUUUUUAUCAAGAUACUUUUUAACUCAUUGGGUGCCUUUCCUUUCCGAUUUGGUCUGGAUUUCACAAUCAAUGCAAGAAGUGGGGUUAACAAGCACAGAUUGAAUCUUAAUGGACCAAUAACAAACUCCUGCCUCACAUGCUGUGAUUUGGCGGUUCAGAUAGGAUGGACCGAAGUAAAAAUGAAGUUGAAACCACAGAAGACCAGACUGACUUGCCAUGUAUCUUGUACAUGGUGAAAGUCAGGCUGGCCUGCCAGGCUAGUCAUUGAUGGCACUAGACGUCCAAUCCAUUUGAAGUGGGAGGGUUAACCCCGAAUGAGCGAAUGUUCAUGGAUGAAAAGAGCCACAUGAUUGGACUUCUGUCCCGUGAAUGGCAGCCGAUGACUUGAUGAUGAUUGAACAUUUUAUAUACAUUUUGUGUACCUUAAGGGUAUAUGGCACAUUUACAUACAGAAGGCCACACAAAGAUGCAGUCACAGUACAACUCUUGUUUCCAUCAGUGGCUAGAUGGAGAUUGCUGUAGUCAUGGAAACAGCUGAGCAUACUGUGGCCCGCAAUGUUGUCCUGGCAACUCAGUGAAUAUGAGCAUUCAGAUAGGAUGUACUUCUAAAAUCAGGCCAUGCAAGGUGACAAUUUCAAUCAAUAAGUGAAUGUGAUGACGUUGCCUUUGGAUAAAACAUGAAUUCAACAGGACUUCACGUUAGAUAAUUGAGACUUCUGCGUGGGGGAAAAGGUGGAAAGGGCAAAUGAGGAAACACUGAUAAUCACUUGAAAUGGAAUUGCUAAAGAUCUUCAUUUACAGAACACCUCACCUUGAUAGGUGGGAAAUGUCAACAAAUGACACGCUAGUGCUGUGCGAUAUAGAAAAAAAUCUUAUAAUGAGAUCAUAUGCUACACUAUAAUAUAUAUAUAUUUUUUAAUUAUUUGGUGAAAAAUUAUUGAAAAUUAUGACAGUUUUCCCCCACAAAUGUUAAAUGUAUCAAGCAGCGCUGCAAUCUAAAAUGAUCCGGUGUAAACAGAAGCAGUAUUGUAGCAUAUCUUUUCUAAGUGUCUACUAAUACUUGUGAUUUGUGGUUUUGACUGUU